AUGAAUUCCAUUUCUGUAAAUUGCACCUGCGCUUCUCCCUUUCCCGCCAAGCACCUGAGCUCCGCCGGUCAAAGAAAUGGACCGUCGGAGGCGUUUGAUUACCGGCGAAGAGUCCGGAGAUUCCGAGUUUCGAAUGCCGCCACCGGAACGCGGCGGAGCUUGGCGUCGUCGAGCGGCGGCGAGGCCGGUUUCGGGAAGGUGAUCAAGUCUAGCGACGCCAUGGAGCAGCUCGACUUCGAGCGCGGCGUUUGCUUGCCGUUUCGCAAGUAUACUCCCGAAACUGUGAGGAAUAAGGUGUUGGAAUCCAAUGGGGCAGUUGCAUCGCUAAUUUCGAGAGGUGUGGAGAUAGUAUGGACUUUGGGCUUGUAUUGGUCUACCUUGAUGUAUGACUACUUUGUGGGAAGGGAUCAAGAAGUUGUACCAAAGCGUGCUCGACAGCUUAGAAAUCUCCUGUGUGAUUUGGGGCCUUCUUUCAUCAAAGCUGGCCAGGUUCUUGCAAACAGACCUGAUAUUAUAAGAGAAGAUUACAUGAAUGAACUCUGCAUACUCCAAGAUGAUGUUCCUCCCUUCCCAAAUCAGGUCGCCUUUGAGAUAAUUGAAGAGGAGUUGGGUCAACCCCUUGAAGCUAUAUUCAGUAAAAUUUCGUCACAGACAAUAGCAGCUGCCAGUUUGGGUCAAGUUUACCGAGCUACUUUACGUGACACUGGCGAGGAUGUAGCUAUUAAGGUUCAAAGGCCACAGAUAGAACCUAUCAUUUAUAGGGAUCUUUUUCUGUUCCGUACUCUUGCUUCAUUCUUAAACGGAAUCAGUCUACAGAAACUUGGGUGCAAUGCUGAGCUCAUUGUUGAUGAAUUCGGUGAGAAGCUUUUGGAGGAGCUUGAUUACACUUUGGAAGCCCGCAAUAUUGAAGAUUUUCUCGAGAACUUCAAAGAUGACCCUACUGUCAAGAUACCUGAGGUUUACAAACAGCUUUGUGGUCCACGUGUUCUAGUAAUGGAGUGGAUAGAUGGUAUCCGGUGCACUAACCCGCAGGCAAUUAGAGAAGCUGGCAUUGAUGUGAAUGGGUUCUUAACUGUUGGAGUCAGUGCUGCGUUGCGGCAGUUGCUGGAAUUUGGAUUGUUCCAUGGAGAUCCACAUCCUGGAAAUGUUUUUGCUAUGCGUGAUGGACGUAUUGGAUAUGUAGACUUUGGGAAUGUUGCUGUGCUUAGUCAGCAAAAUAAACAGAUUCUGAUUGAUGCCGUCGUCCAUGCUGUAAACGAGGACUAUGUUGAGAUGGCGAACGAUUUCACCAGGCUGGGCUUCUUGGCUCCUGGGACUGAUGUCUCUCCUAUUGUUCCAGCUCUAGAAGCAAUCUGGCAGAACUCUCUCGGAAAAGGACUGUCUGACUUCAAUUUUCGAAGUGUUACUGGGAAGUUUAAUGAAUUAGUUUACAACUAUCCCAUCCGUAUUCCAGAGAGGUUUUCGCUUGUUAUCAGAUCUUUAUUGACUCAAGAGGGUAUCUGUUUUACUUUGCAACGAGACUUCAAAUUUCUUGAGGUUGCUUAUCCAUAUGUGGCAAAGCGCCUCCUAACAGAUCCAAACCCGGCUCUGCGUGAACGCCUCAUACAAGUACUAUUUAAGGAUGGUGUUUUCCAAUGGAAGCGGCUAGAAAAUCUCAUUGUUCUUGCCAAAGAAAAUGUGUCAAUGAUGAGCAGCAAUCCUGCAUUGCAAGCGAAAGAAAUGUCUAAACUGGACCUCACUGACACCAUCAAAGAUGGAGCUCGCCUAUUCAUCUUUGAUGAAGGAAUCCGUAGAAAGCUCAUUCUUGCUUUGACGGAAGAUUCAAAGCUUCACAUAGAAGAGCUCGUGGAUGUGUAUAGACUGGUCGAAGAUCAGAUAGAUAUACAAACAGUUGCUGUGGAAGUAGCACGAGAUUUUCCAUCGUUUGUGCGAGAUGUGAUGCUUUCGUGGAGUGAUGCGGUCUUAACUGAUAGAUAGUUGGAAGUUUUGGAGUAGCUGCAAAGACAGAACGUACUAUAGAUACUGAGUAUACAAUACGGGUUGCCUGAAGUUGUAAAUUGCCAUGCAAAUGUUGUAAAUGAGUUACACUACCUCUGUAGUCUGUAUAGAACCAAACAUUUUGGUAUAGCAAUUAUUUGCAAUUCAAAUAUAAUCUUUUGAGCAAAGCACUCAAUUCCAU